UUUCAAUGUUGGGGUUAGUGCGGUCAUUUGAGAAUCAUCGAUAAAAGACGGUCUUCAUCUUCUCUGUCUCCAAAAACCAGUGGAUGCUUUAAGCACUAGAAGUCUAGAAGGUACAAAACAGACCAAUCAUGGUGGAAAUGACAGUUGCCAUGUGAAGUGAAGUGAUCGUGCCGGAGUUCCGAUAUAGUGCUUUGUUCAGUGACUUCAGUCUGCCUUAUUUUCCCAGAUAAAGACUAGGAGGGACGAUGGCUAAUCAGGACGAAGGGUGGCCUUUGGGAUUGCGACCACUCAAUGCAAGAGUUGGAUUGAUGAGAAACCGAGAGUUAUCUGCUGGUUCGGCUUCGUUUAGCACUUUGGUCACUGGCUCUCCUACUUCUAGUGCUUCUUCAGAUCUUGAUACAGAGUCAACUGGAUCUUUGUUCCAUGACAAUGGCAUCACACUGGGGAGCCUCAUUGGAGUGUCUAGCAUUUUCGACCUCUCUCGAAGAUCAAGCAUGGGAAGGACAGUAGAAACCUCAAAAAACAAGAAGAAUUGCAAAUCCAAGCAUUGGUUAUUUUCACUUUGCUCCAAGCUGACCCCUGAGGAUGUACAUGUGAGUAAUACUCCUUCUCUAGGCCACUUUCUUGAGGCAGAAAGAAGAGGGAGUACCAACAGUAACAGAAGAAUUCACAGUCCAGGGCCAAUUAAAUACGGACCUGACGAUUUCUCACCUGCUGCGGCGGUUUCAGAAGCAAACGAGCUAUUUGUGGAUGGAGUAGUUGCAGCUGCUCAAACAUCAAGUGUUUCAGAGAAUGCUGAUAAUGGUGGAACAAGAUCUAACAAUAGAGAGUUAAUAGAUUAUGGAAGUGGAUUCAGAACCCCAUUGCUGGUUUCAUGUUUGUGUGGCCAACUCAUUAAAUGAAAGAUCCCUCUUUGGGUAUUAUUUUUUCUUCUCAUUGG